AUGGCGGCAUCACUGUUCACCUUCUCCUCCACUUCAAGAAGAGUCAUCCCAGCUCCAAACUCUCCUCCUCUUCCCAUAUACAUCAAAGCCACCAACGUAGUUUUCAACCUUGAUAUUCCAGAUGUUCAUCGAGAGUUCUUUCCCGAACAAGUAUGUGAGUUCUACUACACUGCAACAAUUAAUGAUGAAAACAACCUCAUCUCCGGGACUAUUGGCCGUGGAAGACACUCAGUCUUUAUUACCGCUGACCUCCUCAGUGCUGCGCUCAGGUUACCAAUCUUUGAACCCUUCUCCGAGCUUCCACCUAUUGAACGCUGUCGACGUCUCUUUGAUCAACUUGGAUAUGAUCACUCAAAGGCUGGUACUCGAUCAACUCUCAUUCUGCGUCAGUGUAUGACUCCAGGAUGGAAGUUAUUCACCGGUGCUCUAUGCAAAUGUGGGUUUCACAAAUCUCACAGUGGUGAUCAACUAAGCACUUAUGAGCAACAAGUCGUCUGUUCCCUUCUUCUCAACAAACGACUGGAUUAUGGGGCUUUCUUCUUUGAUCAACUUGUUCAACUUCUUCGUGCAAAUGUACGCGCUGAUCAUGUCCCCUUUCCACGCUGGAUUGCUCUUGUGCUAGAUAAAUUUUUCGCUGAAGCUUACUACUCCCACUCUAGAAACCCCAUCCAAUGCCCACGCAUGUCAGUGCGAAUGUAUCAGGAUGAUCCGUUGGACACUGACAUCGGCAUCUCAGAUCGGAUGAGAGAAUGGAUCGCAAAUCCAUAUACUGUUGCUUCACUAACCGCUGAUACUGAUGAAGAAGCUGAUGGUAACAACGAAGAUCAUGCUGAUCAAGAAGCUGAAUCACAGGAUGGUGGUCAUCUCUCCCCUCAACUUUCUCAUCAUACUCUCUCUGUCACUGAGAGAGUUCACUCAGCUCCCGGGGAGCCACUAAUUCAGGGGGAGCAACCAUCCCAGGGGGAGCCACCAUCUCAGGGGGAGCAACCAUCCCAGGGGGAGAACCCAUCCAUGGGGGAGCAACCUUCUCCGGGGGAGCAACCUCACUCAGAAGAAGUUCCAGGUACUUCAUUCCUUCAUAUACCGGCCUCAGCAUUUAAUGAGCUUCUAACACUGACUCGGGACAUGAGUCAGCGUCUUCUACGAAUUGAGGCUGACGUCCAUCAGCUGAAGGGAGUUCUCUUGCCGACUCCUUCCCCUGGCCCACAAAAUGAUGAUGAUCAAAAAGGGGGAGACACUGAUGAUGAUCAAAAAGAGGGAGACACUGAAUCUAUUGAGCUUGGAUCCGCGGACAACACUUUAGUACAGACUGAGCCACCACGGCCUGUGCACAAGUCUGAUAGACCAGCUGCUGACGAGUCAGAUAGACCAGCAGAUACUGAACAGCUUGCUGAAGAUAGUGAGCAUGAUGAUGAACAUGAUGAUGAGUGUCAGAUGCUGGACAUGAACUUCAUUGAUCCCACUAUUCCAGCUUAA